AAGUGCAAGUAUCGGACAGAACAACCCCGCCUGUUGUGGCACUGUGAUUAGGCAACAACGUGAACCGUCCAUCGCACUGCCUUCUUUCGAGGAGCCUCUCCGUUCACCGGUGUCGCAUCGAUCUGUACCUGCCACAUUGCAGCUUUGUCUAUCUAACCUAACUUCAAAAGCCAGAUUCAACAUGUACUACGAAACCGAGUGCGAGACAUGCGAUCGUGAGUUUGGCAGCCAGCAAGCUGCCAUACAGCACAUGAACGCACUAGGCCACUGGGGCUCACGUUACGAAUGCGAUACAUGCGAUCGACAAUUCUUCACUCAACGAUCAGCGGACCAGCACAUGGACGAUACGGGACACCGGGAGCCUCAAUUCGAGUGCGAAACCUGUGACAAAAGAUUCUACACCCAAAUGUCCGCCAAUCAGCAUAUGGACGCUUGUGACCACCGUAGGCGAUACUACUGCCACGAUUGUAGCAAAACAUUCCAAAGUGAGAAUGCCUUGAAGAUGCACCUCAAUUCGAGCACUCACCGCGGCAAGAACGUUGCGUGCCCCUUCUGCAAAGCAGCUUUGACCUCGGCCAGCGGCCUUUCGCACCACCUUGAGACUGGCUCAUGCCCACGAGCCAAAAACGUCAACCAUCUCACGAUUUUUCAGGCUAUCAGUCAGCGCGAUCCCAAUCGCUUAUUCACGAAUAAGCUGCUUACCUACCCCGACUUUGACACGCAGAAUAUUGCAACAAGUGCAACAUGGAAUGGCUCUAGCUUCGAAUGCUACCUCUGCCACCGAGAGUAUAAUACCCUCCGAGCACUGAACCAACACUUGAAUUCGCCAGCCCAUAGCGAAAAGCUGUAUCAUUGCCCGAACCGCAGCUGCAACAACCAGUUCGUACGCUUGGCAUCGCUUUUCAAUCACCUCGAAAGUGAGAGCUGCAACUUUAUGCGAUUCGAGAGGGUUCAAAAGCAUGUUCAUAAUUUUAUCACGGGACGUCAAAAGCUGCUCGGCCUUGCAUAAGCACACACUGGCUUCUCCGAGAAGAGUUUACGUAGCAUUUUCUGUUGGAUCUGUAGACACUGCGAAAGCGCUGGUACGCGGGCAGCAGCUGACACUUCCUGAAGCCAGACUGAGCUUAUACCCAAAUGGGAAGCUUUUUGCAAUCCAACCAACCUUAGGAUUGC